AUGGAGCCAACGACGGCGAGGAUUCCUCGCAAGCUGGUUCUGCAUUUCGAUGUGAACGAGACCAUCAUGGUCGGGGAUCCGGCUGCCGGCAUCGAUUUCGGUGCAUCCUUGAACAACAUCAUUGCAAAGGCAGCCUUCAUCUCGAAGACAGGGAAGACUUGGCACGAUGGCUCGCCUCUGGACCCAAGUCAGCGUUCGGAUUCGUCUCCGCCUCCAUUGGUGACUGGUUUCGAGGUGCCCGAAGACUGCGACCGGUGCUUCUUCAGGCUCCGAGAUGAUCCUUCCUGGCCGUCUUCUCGGCUGACGGAGCCCCAAACUCCAGGGGCUGUCUACCGACCGCUGUACGAGCAGCUCGUGGAAGCUCUGCGCUGGAAGCACGAGCCGAACGAGAUCUUCGCCGCAGGUGGGCACCAUUUCUUAUUGCCAGCCUUCUUCCACAUGCUUUCCGAGCUCGAGAAGCAGGGCAGAGACUUCUCGGUCGUGAUUCGAACGUUCGGAACCGACAUCCCCGAGGUGGCGAAGUCUGUCGCUGCCUUCGCCGAGGGUUUGCACCCGGACUUCCCGAUGCAAACGGCCAGGCUCAGGUCGGUCGUGCAGCACUCGGGCUGGGCCGUGCGGCGGAAGGACAGGUCAGAUCCCUCGAGCCCGAUUCUGCUUCGGCGAUACGAGGAGCCCAUCGGCUCUUCCGGCUUUGGGAAAGAUCUGACCACUCCGGAAAAGCUCAAGUAUACGGAGGAGAUCGUCGAGAACAGCAUUCCCGACUUCCUCACCACUGGCCCUGCAGCGUGUGUGCGGGAUGACUACUUCUACUGGAAGGGCAACCACUACCGACCGGAGUCAGGCAAACCCGCAUGGCUGACACUGGAUGAGGAAAACGUCCAGCACAUCUUCUUUGACGACAAUAUCCACAACGAUCCAGACGACUCGAUCGUUGGGAUCCGAAUCCGCCAGUCUGCUUCCGACAGCUUCCGAAACCUCUCCGGAGAGGUCACGCGACGCCUGGAAGGCGUCUUCCUGGUAAAGGCACAGCCAGUGGAUGCCAUUCUCGACCCAGACUACUUCUUGAGGAACAUUCACCGCUGCGAAGAAAAUUUCGACCGACUUCGUGCCGAUGGCAGUCUUGCGCGAUUGCUGAGUGCCAUCCGAGCGCGACGCAUGCCCGGGAAGCGUCUGCGUGCAAAGCUGCGCAGGCAACGUUACAGUGCUAGCUCCCACGGAGGACCCGACGAGCAGCACGGGAACGCCAGCAUCGUGUUUAUGCUGCUCUGCUGCGGUGGCCUCCUGGUCUACCGCUGUUUGAAGAGGAGCGGCUUUUUCAGCCGCAUACCAAGCCCGUCGCUACCCAACCCCGUCCUGAUCCGAAGGAGAGAGCCGCCACCCAGCAACGCCCUGGCGCAGCGUCUCGAGGAGGCCACCAACAGGGCUCUCUAUGGCCCAGCAGACGAGGCGACUACCGGAGAACUCCGGCUGCCGGCCUCGUGGUCAGCCCUGGAUCCGGGUCGAAACAAGACCAAGGAUCUCCCAAUCUCGCGGCUGUGGGAAACGUGGGAGGUGGAGGAGCACAAGUACCUGGGAACCAGCGCGGCGGAACAGGCCCAGCUGGUUGGCAAGUCUGGGCUGGCUGACGGCAGAUCCUCGUGGUCCCGACGGCUGCCGACGACGCUGCAAAAGAACGGCCAGGCCUCGUCCGCGGUGCCCUGGAGCAGUUUGGAGGACCGGAGGCUCAUCCCACCUAUACGGAAGCCGGUGGUUCCGACAAAGAUGCCGAGUGACGGCGAGUCGGAAGACAUCGCAGCUCAGGAGGACGAGGCGGAAGAGCUCACGCCUAAGUCUCCUACCCCGGUCACGGCUCCCCUCACAGCCGUCGUGGAGGAGUUGCAGCGAGACGACCUUUGGACGGCUUCGUCUCUCCCCUCGCGGAAGCCAACGAGCUACGCGUCGGUGGUGCCUCCGUACUGGCAGGAGGCGAAGGACAUCUUCGGCGCAGAGGAUGCCUUGAAGGAGCGUGGCUUUCUCCCAGGAUGGAGGACUGCGCUACUUGUAGGGGCUGGCGCAGCAGCAGCCGGAGGGGCUGCCUUUUUCUUGCUCCAGCCCGCACCAGGGGCGGCAACUGCAGCCACAGCGGGCACCGCGCCCGGCGCGGAGCCCACAGCGACCGCCGCCCCUUCUGCAGCCACAGCAGAGCCCGCAGAGGAGGCAGCUGCCGCCGAUCCGAACCCGGAUGCCCUGCUACAGGAGUUGGCACAAAUUCGGGCUGACCUACAAGGCCUCCUCGGAGACGGCCCUGAAGAACGGCAGCGGCGGGCAGAGCUACAGGAGAGACUCACGGCCGUGGAGCUGCAGCUGGAGACCGUUCAUAGCGAGAUGCUGGCUGGGCGAACCCUGCGACAGCUAGCUGCAGCAGACGCUCUUCGCCGAUCCAACGGUGAUGCGAACUCCUUCCUACGUAUGGUCUACGACAAGGUGGCACCUGCCUUUGCCCAGCUAGAAGCCCUUCGCCGAGUUAUCGAUUUGCGCAUCAAUGCGGUCAGCACGCGAGUUCCGCAGCUGAUCUCCGAGGAAGUCGAGGGGGCCACGGACGAAAUCAAGGGUCUUUUCCAAUCUGCGCUGCCGCUGCCGCGCUUCAACAUCGCGGAACAGUUGCCUCCCAUGACGAUGCUGCUGGCAGGGUUGCUUGCUCCCGUUCAGCUUCGCCUGAUGUGGGGUGACAACCUCGUUCGCUUGGCACUAAGUGGGGCGAUUCUGUCCCUGGACGUUGUCAGCCUCAUUCUGGCCCACGGAACAAAGUGUAUGAGUCAAGGCCUGCCUGUUUUCGGCACCAUCGACGCACUGCAUUUUUGGAUCGGGGUCGAUGCUUUCAGCCUCUUCGUCACUGCGGCGGUCAGUGCCAUGGUGGUCAAGAAGGCCGGCGCAACCAUUGCGGAGGUCGACGCAGCAUCGGAGAUCUCCCUGGACACCGAGCCGGGGACGGAUCCCGAGGAAGCAUUCCGUGCCAACAUGGAGAAGCAACUUCUCGCCGGAGCAAAGGCAAUUGUGAUGUACGAUUCGCUGGCUGGCAGCUCAUUGAACAGGCUGCCUCCAGUUCUCGCCCUUUUCGACUUCUUCUGGCAGGCGGGUGGUCUCUUCAUCAUUUUCGACACGCCGGGGGCAAGCUGCGGUGCGACCUUUCUGCUGGACUGGGCACGAGGUCGCGAAGUAAUCUUUCUCGUCGGAUUCGUGCCAAUGAUUGUCGGUGUCGGCGUCGCAGCCGUUCGGCUCGCGGUCUCCAGUCCGGCCUUCAGCCAGGCGGUACUCGAGACGGCUGCCAAUAUUGACGAGGCCAGCUUCCCGCAGGGGCCACCAGUCUGCACCAUCCUGGUCCGGUCCUUCUUAGUCCGCGACGUGACGGACAUCGCUGGUGUCAAACUCCAAGUGGCACGGGCCGAGGAGGCAAAGUUACUCCGUGCCCGUGACAAGGUACAAGCCGAGCGUGAUGCAGCAGAGGCUAAGCUGACUUCCACCCAGGCAGAGCUCGAUGCGGCCGUUGCCCAAGUCGCCGAGCAGGAAGAGGUGGUGGCCAUGCGCGCUCCCGAGCAGGAGUUCCUGAACCAAUACCGCCGAGCGGUGGCCGAUGCCAUGGCCCUGUCGCAAACUGCCGAGGGGCUUUCUCAGGGGCUGCUGACCGGGGAUGUGGCGAGUUUCGCAGAGGCAGCGGCAGGGCAGCUUCUCGGAACAGAGGACGCCGCGCCCAGCCCGGUGGCUGCAGCUGCUGCAGGGGCCCAGGCGGAGGCCACGGCAGACGUCGCCCCCGCAGCUGCAGCUGUAGAGGUGGAGGAUUUGGAAGAGCAGGAUGGCGAUGCAGACAUGGGCGGCACCGGCGGUAGUGCGCGUGGAAGUGCACAGUAG